AUGGCCGCCCCAGAACAGGUUCCAAAUCCCACGGCCGCGGGUGCAGAGGCUGCCCAAAAGUCUGCCAAUCCCAUGGCUGUCGGUACCGAGUCCGAUUUGGACGCUGAAGCAGAGAACGGUGCUGAAGCUUUGAUAAACCUGUCAAUUGUCCUGCCUGAUUCGAAUGCGACAAGGAUGCAAAUAAUGGUCUCGUCUCAGGAGCAAGUCCACGAGGUCCGCCAAUCCAUUAUCGACUUGCCUGCAGCAUUUCGCUAUACCUGUUUUCAUCUCGAGUAUCAAGGCAACAAGGUCAACGACUUUAUUUCGAUCGCCGAGAUUCCCAAUCUCGAACCCGAGCCCGAGUUCCGUUUGAUAGAAGACCCGUAUACGGAGAAGGAGGCACGAAUCCAUCUUGUGAGGAUUCGCGAGCUCAUUGGUGCUGCCGGUGAUCGCGUAGACGUUUAUCAAGGUGUUCUCCCUGGGCUCUCGCUCUUUGAAAGCGUCGCUCGGCAGACCCAGAAAAUUUCUGGUGCUGCUCAAGACGCAUCACCCCUGAAAGACUACGACUUCCAGUCUGCUCCGUCCUUAAAUAAUCUUGUCCCCGACUUCUUUGAACCCGGGCCAAAAACGGUCAAAUCUGUUGCUCUUUCUUCGUGGAAUCCUCCGCCAUGCCACUUGAGACAACGCGGCCACCUGCUCUACAUUGUAGUCAGCACCAAUGAGGGGGAACAGUUCCAAAUCACCUCUCAUGUAUCGGGCUUCUUUGUGAACAAGUCAUCAAACGCUAAGUUUGACCCGUAUCCUCGAGCGUCACCUAAAGGAUACUCCGCUCACUCUCUGCUGGAGCUCAUUACUCUCAUCUCACCUUCUUUCUCGGAUACAUUUCAACAGCUGCUGGAGUAUAAUAAUCAAAGAGAUCCUUUAGCAACAUUUCAAAUAACCAAUACCGUUCCAUCAGCACCAUGGGCGGUGCCUUCGCCAACGUCAGCUUUGUGUGCUCAUGUCGCUGACCCUACACGUCCCCAAGAAACUUUGUUGCUCUCCGGAGUCGAGAACACAGAUACCUUGCGUGACUGGAAUGAAGAGUUCCAAUCAGCCAAAGAAUUGCCGAAAGAAACUGUGCAAGAUCGAGUGUUCCGCGAGAGAUUGAUAUCGAAGCUAUUCGCAGACUACAAUGACGCUGCUACCAAGGGCGCAGUGAUGGUCGCACGUGGGGAGAUUGCACCUCUGAAUCCCACGGAGGGUAGAGACGCUCAGAUAUUUGUGUACAACAACAUUUUCUUUUCCUUUGGUGCCGACGGCGUCGGUACUUUUACAUCUGAGGGCGGUGACGAAGCCGCCAGAGUUGCGACCGGGAAAGAUGUUGCUGGGGUAAGACUGGUUAAUCAGCUGGACAUUGAGGGCUUGUUUGCUCCUGCUACUGUUGUUGUCGACUAUCUUGGUAAACGAAUUGUUGGUCAGAGCAUCGUGCCUGGUAUUUUCAAACAACGCGAGCCGGGAGAAAACCAGAUUGACUAUGGUGCUGUCGAUGGCAAGGAUAUUGUUGCAGAUGAUGAGCGUUUUGCCGCGUCAUUCGCGCAGUUGUCAAAGGCCCUCAAAGUAAAGAAACAUCCAGUCUGGGACAAGGACGGAAAGCGAUUUGACUUGGAGGCUAGUGUUGAGACAAAAGGCCUUAUGGGAACUGAUGGGCGAAAAUAUGUUCUAGAUCUUUACCGGAUCACACCUUACGAUAUCAAUUGGCUUGAGGAAACGAAGCUUCAGGCCGAGAAGGGACAUUCCAAGGCAUAUCCCCAUCGUAUGACCGUCCUAAGACCGGAGCUCGUUGACUCGUUCGCUCGCUUCAAGAUGAAGCAGUGGGUUGACGCUGAACUUGCACUCCGUGACCGGACAAAAGCGGACGAAGAUGUUAAUAACGAGUCCAAGGAAGCAUCCGACGAAGGGAAGUCAAAAACACAACUUGACCUCUCCGAUUUCAAAUUCUCGCUGAAUCCCGAUGCCUUUAGCGGCCAAGUCCCUCAAUCGGAUGAGGAAAAGGUGCAACUUGAGGAGGAUGAAAAGGAGGUGCGGGAAGCCGGGAAUUAUUUGCGUAACCAGGUGAUUCCAGACCUGUUGCGGGAGCUCUCUGACUCUGAUAUCAGCUUCCCAAUGGAUGGCCAGUCUCUAAGCCGCCUAUUGCACAAACGAGGUAUCAAUGUUCGAUAUCUCGGAGCGGUCGCUUCUCGGGCUACCGAUGGAAGGUUGCGUUGCCUCCAGGAGAUCUGCAUACAGGACAUGGUUGCUCGUUCAUUCAAGCAUGCGGCCGCUGUCUAUUUGAGGGACCUCCCAGUUCCUUUCACGGCCUCCUGUAUAUCACAUCUCCUCAACUGUUUGCUUGGCUAUGAGAUGAACGCCAAGCCCAAGGCUGAAGUUGAUACCUCGCUCAAGUCUCUAUAUUCUGACUCCGAUUUGUCCUUUGAGCUGGUCACUCCUGGAGAGCUUAGGGUCAGCAUCGAGGAACAGGUUCUCAAACGCUUCAGAUACAAACUGGAGGAUGGCUGGCUUAAUACCAUUCGCAAGUUCCAGCUAUUACGUGAGAUUUGCCUGAAAAUUGGUAUCCAAAUCCAAGCAAAAGACUACAGCUUCGACGAAAGGACAAAGCCUUCUUAUCAAUCUACUGAAACCGUUUCUAAGCAAUCGAACGGGCAGCAAAAUGGAGAGUCAAAGGACAAAAAGAAAAAGAAGAAGGGCCAGGAAACGUCAACUGUCGCAGCUACAUUGAGCACUGUGAACACGGUCUUUUCCCCUGAGGACGUGGUUGACGUAGUCCCCGUUAUCAAACACUCUGCGCCACGAAGUUCUCUAGCAGAGGAAGCCCUCGAGGCCGGACGUCUUUCAAUAAUCCAAAAUCAGAAGAAGCUGGGGCAGGAACUUCUUCUCGAAUCCCUAUCACUGCACGAGCAGAUUUACGGAAUUCUGCAUCCGGAGGUAGCUAGAGUAUACAACAGCUUGUCAAUGCUAUACUACCAACUGGAUGACAAGGAAGCGGCUGUUGAAUUGGCCAGAAAGGCUAUUGUCGUCGCUGAGCGCACUGUUGGUAUUGACUCUGCCGAGACAUUACUUAACUACCUCAACUUGAGCUUGUUUCUGCAUCAAGUAGGAGAUAGCAGAGGGGCCUUGGCAUAUUCAAAGCAUGCGUUGGUGCUUUGGAAAAUCAUCUACGGACCAGGCCAUCCUGACUCUAUUACAACGAUCAAUAACGCAGCCGUCAUGUUGCAACACCUGAAGCAGUAUCAUGAGUCGAGGUUGUGGUUUGAAGAAUCACUCCGCGUGUGUGAAUCUGUGUUUGGCAAACAAUCCAUCAACUCGGCAACAUUGCUGUUCCAGCUGGCGCAAGCUCUCGCUUUGGACCACGAUUCAAAGGGAGCCGUGAACCGCAUGCGUGAAUCGUACAACAUAUUCCUCAGUGAACUCGGACCGGACGAUAAGAACACGAAAGAAGCCGAAAGCUGGCUGGAACAGUUGACACAGAAUGCCGUGUCAAUUGCCAAACAUGCCAAGGAUGUCGAAUCUCGCCGCAUUCGUUCGGGCAUUCGCUUUCCAGCAACUGUUCCGCCGGAACAACAACCUGGCGCUCGGUCGCAGCGCAUGACCCAGCCGUCACAGAUUGAUGCACGAAGCAUUGAUGAGUUAAUCAAGUUCAUCGAAGGGGGGGAUCAAAAGUCCAAGGCCUCAAAGAAGCGACCGGGUCGAGGAAACCCGAAGCGCCGGGGACAGUCAACAUCGGCAUAA